UGGUGGUGGAUGAAAGUGACCUCCCACCCGUCAUGAAUUUCCCGUCAUGAAUUUCCCCUCUUCUGGGAGAGAAGUACUAGUAAAAGAGGCUGCUACUAGCUAAGAGCAUCUACCUGGUGGGGCGUUGAGCCUUGGAGGAACCACCUUCGUUGUCAGGAGCUGAGCAGGGACAAGGCUGGGCCGCUCAGAAGCACCUGAGGACCGAUCAAGAGGAGGGAGGGCCAGUGAACCACCCAUCUGCCUGAGCCACAAACCUCACCUGCUGGUCCAGCUUCCGGGUAGCUGAGCGAAGCCCCCAGGCCUGACUUAGACCCUCUCUGGAGAACUGACGCAGGAAGGUCCCAGGAUGGCUGCCGUGCAGGGCAACCUGAAUAUGGUGAAAGAGACACAGAACAUGACAGCACACAACUGCUUCAAUUCUCAGAGCACCGUCCUGCAGGGGCAGCCCUUUGGGGGAAUCCCCACUGUGCUGUUCCUCAACGUCAUCUUGUGGGUGGUCAUCAUUUUGGUUUAUUCCUUCCUCCGGAAAGCUGCGUGGGACUACGGGCGCCUGGCUCUGCUCAUUCACAAUGACAGCUUGACUUCACUGAUCUAUGGGGAGCAGAGCGAGAAGACAUCUCCCUCGGAUAUUUCCCUGGAGAUGGAACACAAGGACAAGGGCUUCUAUUCCUGGUUCUUCAACACCAUCACCAUGAAGAACGAGGAUCUAAUUAGCAAGUGUGGAGACGAUGCCCGCAUCUACAUCAUGUUCCAGUAUCAUCUCAUCAUCUUUGUGCUUAUCCUCUGCAUCCCCUCCUUGGGCAUCAUCUUGCCCAUCAACUACACUGGAACCGUUCUGGAUUGGAAUAGUCACUUCGGUCGGACCACCAUUGUCAAUGUCUCCAUAGAGAGUAAGGUCCUGUGGCUGCAUAGCUGCUUCUCCUUCCUCUAUUUCGUCAUUAACUUCGUCUUCAUGACCCAUCACUGUUUAGGGUUUGUGCCCAAGAAGAGCCAUAAGGUCACCAGGACACUAAUGAUCACCUAUGUCCCCACGGACAUCCAAGACCCAGAAAUCAUCAUUAAGCAUUUUCAUGAGGCCUAUCCAGGAUGCGUGGUGACCAGAGUCCACUUCUGCUAUGACGUCAGGACCCUGAUCGAUUUGGAUGAUCAGAGGCGCCAUGCGAUGCGGGGGCGGCUCUACUACACUGCCAAGGCCAAGAAGAAUGGGAAGGUGAUGAUCAAGAUCCACCCCUGCUCCCACCUGUGCUUCUGCAAGUGCUGGACCUGCUUCAAAGAGGUAGAUGCAGAACAAUAUUACAGUGAGCUGGAGGAGCAGCUGACUGAUGAGUUCAACGCUGAGUUCAACCGCGUUCGGCUGAAGCGUCUGGACCUGAUCUUUGUCACCUUCCAGGACUCCAGGAUGACAAAGCACAUCCAGGAAGAUUACAAGUACAUCCAGUGUGGCGUGUCCCCCCAGCAGUCCUCGGUGUCCACCACCGUCAAAUCCUACCGCUGGAGGGUUGCCCUUGCCCCACACCCUAAAGACAUUAUUUGGAAACACCUGUCCGUCCGCCGCUUCCAUUGGUGGGCCCGCUUUAUCGUAAUCAACACCCUCCUCUUCUUCCUCUUCUUCUUCCUCACCACGCCUGCCAUCAUCAUCAACACCAUCGACAUGUACAACGUCACCCGCCCCAUUGAGAACCUGCAGAGCCCAGUCAUAACCCAGUUCUUCCCCUCCCUGUUGCUCUGGGCAUUUACAGUGAUAAUGCCUCUGAUGGUCUACUUCUCUGCCUUCCUAGAGGCCCACUGGACCAGAUCAAGUCAGAAUCUGAUCAUAGUGAACAAGUGCUACAUCUUUCUGGUGUUCAUGGUGGUUAUUCUGCCCUCUAUGGGACUGACCAGUUUGAAUGUCUUUUUCCGCUGGCUCUUUGACAUCUACUAUCUGGAGCAGGCAUCCAUCCGGUUCCAGUGUGUGUUCCUGCCAGACAAUGGCGCCUUCUUCGUCAACUAUGUGAUCACGGCAGCUUUGCUUGGCACAGGCAUGGAGCUGUUGCGCCUGGGGUCACUCUUCCUGUACAGCACCCGCCUCUUCUUCUCCAGGUCGGAGCCAGAGAGAGUCCACAUCAGAAAGAGCCACGCCAUGGACUUCCAGUACGGGCGAGAGUACGCGUGGAUGAUGAACGUCUUCAGCGUGGUCGUAGCAUACAGCAUCACCUGCCCCAUCAUUGUCCCUUUUGGCCUGCUGUACCUGUGCAUGAAGCACAUCACGGACCGCUAUAACAUGUACUACUCCUACGCGCCCACCAAACUCAACGAGCAGAUCCACAUGGCUGCUGUCUACCAGGCCAUUUUCGCGCCACUCCUGGGUCUGUUCUGGAUGCUGUUCUUCUCCAUUCUGAGAUUAGGUUCGCUCCACAACAUCACCUUCUUCUCCCUUUCCACGCUCAUUAUUUCCAUGGUAGUUGCCUGCCUUAGCACUCUUCUGGGGAAGCUCCGGACGGUAUCUUACUAUGAGCCUCCUCCAACCCCCGGCUCCAGUGCCAUGCCAGUGAGGAACCAGAGUGGACGAUGCCUCUGGCCCUGUCUUCCCGAUACAACGAUGCCAUGUGAUCUGGUUGCCCAGCCCGAGGAGGAGAUGGAGACCGUGUUUGACAUGGAGCCAAGCAGCAGCACCUCCACACCCACCUCCCUUCUGUACGUGGCUACUGUGCUGCAGGAGCCGGAGAUGAACCUGUCCCCUGCCUCCUCCCCUGCUCGGCAUACCUACGGCACCAUGAACAGACAGCCUGAGGAGGGAGAAGAGGAGAGCAGUGUGAGGGGCUUUGCGAGGGAGCUGGGUUCCGCUCAGUUCCAGGACGGGCUGGAACUAGAGGGCCAGAGCCAGUACCACUGACCAGGACCGGAGGCCUCCACCUGGCGACUCCAGAGGGAGCAGCGGCCAGGGGAGGGCCCGGCGAGUAGUGGGGAGGCAGGAGGGCCACCCGGACCUCCCCACUACCUCCCGCAGACUCUGGGAAGGCCCCAACAGACACCCGCGCCCUGGGUGUUGGCCACAUGGAGACCCAAACCUGCUGACCAGCUAGAAUGGAAGGUGCCGGGCAGUGCAGAGGGCAGUGCCGAGGGCCCCCGGGAUGGGAUGGAGGAUACAGGCAGCGCCACGUCUUGGGAACAGCCGCCAAAGCCCUGGGCACAGAGACUACAGGCUAAGGGACCUUGCUGAGGUCGAAAUGGAGAAGGUGUGCAUAAGGGAGGAGGCAGAAGAAAACCCACCGAAGACUCUUCAGGGUCCUCUCCACGCUUUCACCAGCUGCCCUGCCAAGGAGCUUCCACCGCUGCUCCUACGCCAUCCCCCACCCCUACUCCAGUCCCUCCCCUGUGGUCUGAGGAAGCCCAGGUAUUUGUGCUAAGCCUCAUCAACGACAUCCCCAGCGUGGGGAUCUGUAAAGAGAAGUUUCUGCACGCACCUGGGGCAUGUGGCAGCUGAGACCAUAGACCUGAGGGGAGGCAGUGGAGACCUGUCCUAUUCCUCUGCCCCUCAGCAGACAUCCCCAGGAGCAGCAGGGUGGAGACCCUUAUCCUUUCUAUUCUCCCAAGGGCAGCUGGGACACGAUCACUCGGGGCUCAUUAAACGGGACCUGUGUGCAUUUUGA